AUGUUUAUCAGCGACCAUUCGCACAGCUUGUUGCAAAUAUUGGCUCAUGGCAUUAUGCCUUUGAUAUUACAUUUUGAUGAUACAUCGGUCGCUGUUAUUACAUCGAUCGAAGUUGAAAUUGCAAGAGCCAGAAGACUUUAUGAAUCAAUACAAUCAUUGAAACGUGAACACAGGAUCACUAACGUUGCGGAUGCCGAUCGACUAACAUUCAUAAUCAUAGCUUCGAUUGCUCUAAUAACAGAACUAGCUACAGGAGAUGAUGAUACAUUAGAGGCAGAUUUCAAAAAUUUGUUUGCACAAUCUAUUUAUAAAUGA